UGAAGCUGAAGCAGCCAAUGGGCGGACGGUUUGUUACGGUGUCGGACAUUUCUGGUAGGGUGUUGAGGAGGGGCGUAGCGAAAAUCUAGGAAAUUAUUGUUUAUUCGUCUACAUUGCAUAUUUGUAAUGUCAGCAGGAGCGAAGAGUGUGUUUUUAAACAUGACAUGUAUCUGAAAGGUGUAAUUUAUGGUGGCCAAAAAGACGCACACCAAUGAAGAAAAAGCCUUGUAAUCCCCUGCGCUCCAAACGCAGCAGGCAGGUCAGUGCAGACAAUGAGGACACCAUGCUGGCAGCAAACACCCCCCCACCAACCUCUCAAACUCCCCCAGGAUCUACCUCUCAAACCAGACACCUGACUAUGCCACAGCACAGUCACAACCUCCUCAAGUUUCUGAAUGAGGACCGGACACGACAAAGGUUCUGUGAUGUUUCUGUUUCUGUGGGUGGCAUGGUCUACAGUGCCCACAAGGUGGUGUUGGCCCAUGGGAGCAGCUACUUCCAUGCUGAGCUUUCUAAGAACCCUACCAUAGCACAUGUGACCCUGGACCAUGUGGAGGACUCAGUUUUCCAGCAUCUGCUUGGCUUUUUGUACACCUCAGAGUGUGCUGUUGCACAAAGGGAGCUCCCAGCUCUUAUAGAAGCAGCCCGAUUCCUGGAUAUGAUGGAUAUACUGAAGCUGCUUUGUGAGGAAGGGGACAGCAACCCUGUAGGUGUAAACCCGCCACAUGAUGAGAUAAGAGGGUCUCCUGAGGAGGAGAUAUCAUUUAGUGACUCGCCAACAGGUGAAACAGACAUGCAGAGCCCUCCUAGUCAUCAGUUUAGCGGUGAAAACACCCUGCAGGAUGGCUUGGAUGAAACUCUCACUGAUGUACAAAAAAAAUCAACUGAGGCAGAGAAGACUACAAGGAAAUCAGCUAGAAGGAGAAUAACACCUGUCAAGUACCAAAGAGAAAAUAUUGAGUUUAACAACUCAGCUGAAGAACAACAAAAGACUGAAUCUGCAGGAGAGCCAAGUGGAGAGAGCGCAAAAGAGGCAGAGAAGGUGACUGUUGGAAACCAGGCGACACCUAUUCCAGAUUUUAGGGUUGUUAUAGUGGGCGAAGAGGACGGGGAAGAGGAUGGGGACAGUGAGGAUGUAGUUGCUCAGAGGCAAGUUGGCGAGAUUUUCACAGCAGAGAAUAUUUCAAGUCCUCAUGGUUUCGAUGCAGAUGGAGCACAGAACGAGGCCGUCAGAGAGGUCAAGGUUUGUGCGUCGGCUGCCGGAAGCUCUCCUCAGAAAAAGGUGUACCCUGAAGGCCUGGCUCCAGUCAUCAUCCAGACCGCCAGCAAAAAAACUCUCAAGUGUCCUAAAUGUGACAAGACCUUUGACCGAGCAGGGAAAUAUGAAAGUCACACCAGAGUGCACACAGGAGAGAAACCGUUCCAGUGCGACCUUUGUUUCCAGCGUUACUCCACCAAGUCGAACCUGACCGUUCACAAGAAGAAGCACACCAGUGACACUCCCUUGCAGAGGAAGGAGCACAAAUGUCCCUUCUGUAGCAAGCUGCAUGCCACCAAGAAGACCCUCACCCGGCAUGUCAGACGGUUUCAUCCAGACAACAUCCAAGAGUUUCUUACCAAGAGGAAAAGGAAGAGCGAGGGCUGGAAAUGUGCUAUUUGUUUGAAGACUUUCAGCCGCAGGCCUCAUCUGCAGGAGCACAUGAUCCUGCACACACAGGACCGACCUUUUAAAUGUUCCUUCUGUGAUGAAUACUUUAAGUCCAGGUUUGCCAGGCUGAAACACCAAGAAAAGUACCACUUAGGUCCUUUUCCAUGUGAGAUUUGUGGUCGGCAGUUUAACGACACAGGCAACAGGAAGAGGCACAUCGAGUGUACACAUGGAGGCAAAAGGAAGUGGACUUGUUUUGUUUGUGGGAAGUCUGUAAGAGAAAGGACGACGUUGAGAGAGCACAUGAGGAUCCACAGCGGGGAAAAGCCUCACCUUUGUAGUAUCUGUGGCCAGAGUUUCCGACAUGGCAGCUCCUACAGACUCCACCUCCGAGUUCAUCAUGACGACAAGCGCUACGAGUGCGAUGAAUGUGGGAAAACCUUCAUACGGCAUGAUCACCUGACAAAACAUCAGAAAAUACACUCAGGUGAGAAAGCCCACCAAUGUGAAGAGUGUGGAAAGUGCUUCAGACGCCACGACCAUCUGACCGUCCACUACAAAAGCAUCCAUUUAGGAGAGAAAGUUUGGCAAAAGUAUAAAACAGCCGUGCAUCAGUGUGAGGUUUGCAAGAAAGAGUUUAAGGGAAAGUCUAGUCUGGAAAUGCACUUCAGGACCCACUCAGGUGAGAAACCUCACAGAUGUCCCGAGUGUAACCAGACAUUUCGUAUAAAGAAAACGCUGACAAAGCACAUGGUGAUUCACUCAGACGCUCGUCCUUUUAACUGCCCGCACUGCAGCGCCACCUUCAAAAGAAAGGACAAGCUCAAGUACCACGUAGAUCACGUGCACAGCACCCGCUUUACAGAACACCCGAGCAGCAGCAUCAGUGAGGUUAAACUUGUCUCUGUUCCCUUUGAGGAACCGUCUAAGUCAUUCAGCACUGAACCGAAGUCCACACUGAGCACCCCUCCUCCUGCUAAUGUGUGCGUGCCCGUCACUCUCGUUCCUGUCCAGAUGGCAGGGGGAACGCAGGGAAACUUAAACCCUCACAGACCCCCGUCUCUGUCUGCCCAGACUCACAGCAUUGUGAGCAUGCAGGCUCAAGGACAGCAGCAGAAUUCUGGAUACCAGGCAUCCUCAGAUCUGGCCUUCUUAGAGAAGUACACCCUGACCCCGCAGCCGGCUAACAUCGUGCACCCUGUGAGGCCAGAUCAGAUGCUGGACCCCCGGGAGCAGUCCUACUUGGGCACGCUGCUGGGACUGGAUUCAGGAUCAUCUGUGCAGAACAUUUCCAACCCUGACCACUCACACUGAUACUCAUCAGACAAAAACAGAGCAAACUGGGCACAGAUUAGCUUCAUUAGAGGUCAUUUCCAGCAAAAAAUAACAGAAAUAAAAGACAUGAAACUGGAUUUUUGCCAAUAUUUGAUCUGCUGAUAUUAACAACUUCAUAUGAGCCAAUACAGAUAUUGAUACCAUUGCAUUAAUGUAGUUCGGACCUAAAACUUAAGUCUGAUUUUACACUGAAAGAAAAAAAUAUUUGAAUCUACUUAAUUUUAAUGUGUACAUUGUUCCCACACAAUCAAAAUGUGUAGAUCUGACAUCCCUUUCCUCUUUAUCCCAAUCUAACUAUUACUCUUUAGACCAAAAUGUUUCCAUCGAAUUAGACUGUUUAAAAGAAUCAUGUUGAAUCAACGUAUUAUUUUCAAAUUACUAUUACUCCAAUCAGUUGUGUAAUUGUGUACAGAAGAUGCAGUGGAUACCAAAUACACAUUGUUAUUUUGCUACAACUAUGCUUUUAAAAGCAUCUUCAGGACAGAUUAAUGACUGCAUAGACAUUCAUAAACCCAAUAUAAACUUCUCUUCACAGUAGAUUAAGUGCAUACAGAAACUAAAUUUGUUUCAAACUGUGCAUCACUAGUAGCAAUAACAAAACUAGUGCAGAGUAAUAUUGUGGCAAGCUGUGGUGAGGAUUGGCUCACAGACAGACUGAAUGAGUUCUACAAGCCCUCAUGCAGUGAGCAUGAGCAGCUAUUAUUUAUUUAUAACAUGGAUACACAUAUACAGACAGGGCAGUCUGCACCAUUAACCCCCUCACUCAUGGUGUGCCACUUGGAAAGAACACCCUCCCCCAAAAACAUGAACCAACAAACAAAACAUGCACAAUUACAACCCCACAAUGACACACGAACAUUAUAGAACAUCAGAAGAGUGAAUUCCCUUGCACAAAACAAUCUCAGCAGUCCCUGCUCCAGGCUUCCUGGAUCGCCACAAUAUUUGUAUUUACUUACUUUUUCAGUUAUUCCGUUUGGAAAGGGAGCUUGUGUGAUUCCAGAAUGCGUGCCCCUUUAUUUACCACAACCCACCAUGCAGAAUUGUCCAAUGGCACGUCCUGGCAGUCACUGAAUUGGCUAUGUCAUUUCCGGUGUUGAUCAAACUCGUUUAUAUUACUUUUCUGUUUUUAGAUUAAAUCACUUUCAGUCAACUCAAAACAAAUAUGUAAAUUAUACAUUCUUAUUUAACAUGCUACAUCUAUUUGAUUAAACUAUGUUUACAUAAGGAAUGUGAUUUAUUGUGUUACAUAAACUCAUUUAAUCUUAGUAAAUUCAAAGACCUGCCAAUUGCCUUUCUUUCAGUGUACAGCAGAGACAAAACUACACAAAUGCACUUAUUUAACUUGGAAACGUUGAGUUAAACUAAUUAAAUGUUCAUCCAUGAAUUUGCAUGAAUUUAAGAUCAUAUUGCCCCCGACAUAAAAACUAUUUUUGGUAUUUUAAGAAGAAAAAAUGUGGCCUUUAUCUUUUAUAACUGAAGAAAAACCACAGACAGUUUCAGCUUAAAUCUAAAAUAUAAGCUGAAAGAAAAAUGUGCAAGAACACAGUUUUACUAACAAACACAGCUGCUCUUUCAUUGUACAAAAUGGGUAUUUCCGUUUUCCCAAAGCCUGAUGAUCUAACAGUACACAGGCACAGAAAAAUUUGGAUGGUGACACAAUUUUCAUCAUUCAGGCUUCGCAUGAUGCCACAUUAGAUCUGAAAUGAAACAACUGCAAUGCAUUUGAAGUGCAGACUUAUAGGUUUAAUACAAGGGGUUGAACAAAAAUACCCUAUGAAACAAUUUUUAUACUAAGUCUCCUCAUUUCAGGGGCUCAAAAGUAAUUGGACGAAUUAACAUUACCCUUAAUGAAAUAUUCACUUUUUAUACUUUCUGGGAAUCUUUUGCAGGCAAUGACUGCCUGAAGUCGGGAACCCAUGGACAUCACCAAACGCUGGGUUUCCUUCUUUGUGAUGCUUUGCCAGGCCUUUACUGCAGCUGUCUUCGGUUGUUGCUUGUUUGUGGGUCUUUCUGUCUUAUGCAAAGAAAUGCAGGCUCAAUCGGGUUGAGAUCUGGUGUUUGAUUUGGCCAUUGCAGAAUAUUUCACUUUUUGCCUCCAAAACUCCUGGGUUGAUUUUGCUGUAUGUUUUGGGUAAUCGUCCAAUCAACUUUGCUGCACUUGGCUGAGUCUUAGCCGACAGUAUAUCCCUAUACACUUCCGAAUUCACACGGCUGCUUCUGUCUUCUGUCAGAUCAUUAAUAAACACUAGUGACCCAGUGCUAUUGGAAGCCAUGCAUGACCAUGCCAUCACUCUGCCUUUGCCAUGUUUUACAGAAGACGUGGUGUGCUCUGGAUCAUGAGCCGUUCCAAGCCUUCUCCAUACUUUCUUCUUCCCAUCAUUCUGGUACGGGUUUAUCUUGGUUUCAUCUGUCCAAAGAAUGCUUUUCCAGUACUGGAAUGGCUUCUUUAGAUGUUUUUGGCAAAGUCUACUCUGGCUUUUCUCUUUUUGAGGCUGAUUAAUGGUUUGCACCUUAUAGUAACCCAUGUGUAUUUUCAUGAAGUCUUGUCUGUAUGGUAGACUCAGAUACUGAUAUUUCCAGGAGUGUUCUUCACUUGGGUGGAUGUUUUGAAGGGGUUUUCCUUCCCCAUGAAUAGGAUCCUGCAAUCAUCCACCACUGGUGUCUUCUGUGGACAUCCAGACAUUUUUGAGUUCCCAAGCAGAAUGAACCAAACUGUUAAUUUGGCCUCUCCUACAUUUACACUAUCUUGCUGAUGGGUUUCUCCUGGAUUUUUUUCAGCCUAAGGGUCUGUUUCACUUCCAUUGCGACCUCCUUUGAUUACAUGUUGUGGAUUCACAGCAACAGCUUCCAAAUGCAAAUGCCACACCUGGAAUCAACUCAACAUUUUACAGGCAGGGAAUAGCCCAUGCAGCCCAUUUAAAAGCUGGAGUCCAUUGCUCAAUUACCUUUGGUUCCUUGAAAAAGAGGCGGCUGCAGAUUAAAGAGCUGUAAUUCCAAAUCCUUCCUCCAAUUGGGAUGAUACCCUCAUAUUAAACCUGAGAGUCUGCACUUUAAGCCCAUAUUGAUUACAUAACUGUGUCAGUGUCCACAUAUAUAUGGACCUGGCUGUAAAUAUCAUGAAAAUGGGUUUUGUUUUCAGCCUCAGCUGUGUCUCUGGUUCUCAUUGGUGUUUUGGGUUUUUUAAGAGAAACAGAAUGAGUUUUGUUUUAUAUUUGCCUUUUAUAAAGUGCUUUUAAAAAGUGAAAGCAAUUAGUUUUAAACAUUAAUUAAUUUAAGUAAUUUAGGACUAUUUUGUUUUCUUGUUUAAUUCUUGGAAUUAUGUCUAUUAAAAGAUUGAGCAGAUACAGGUUUAAAAAUUAUGAAACAUCACUGAUUGAAAUGUGUUUGAAUAAGCAGUUCAUUGGUUAAUUAAAUUAAAAUGUAUCAAUAAAAAAAUAAAAGUUGACUGUUUCUACAUCAGCUCACUGAAAAGUUUUGGGUUUGUAAUGAUUUUAAUCAUCAAGGAAAAGAUUAAAAUCCAUAAUUAAGAGAACAUCCAUUCAAUGUAAGAGGUUGCAGUGUGUGUAUUAAGUAAUUUAAAAGUAAAAGUUAAUUAUACGUUUUUGUUAAAAGAGUUGCAGAAACAGGCAACUGUAAAGACUGAAACGUGAGAAAGGAAUGGUUUCAUCUUGAGGUUGUUUUGAAAAUGAAUCUUUAUUUUUUAUUUGCACAGUUAUUGCUGCAUAGAUUUACUACCACACAGUUCGAAACCGCUCUCUUUUAAAACAGCAUUAAUGACCAAUAAAUUCAGUUCAAAAAAACAUUGUUUAUAUACUGAUGAUGUGACCCUGCCAAGAUCUC